AUUCUGAGUUCAAUUCAAUAAAAACACACAACCUCCUCUUAUCUCACUCGCUGACACCAGAUUCUUCUUCUUUGGCAUUUUCUUCCGCCUCAGAUCCUUACUCCAAGAACGCCGCGCAAGAGAAACUUCCCCCUUCUAAAUCUGUGUGAGCGCUGUUUUCGACGAACUGUACAGCCUUGAACUCUGGAAUGCUGCUGUUUUUUGUUUUUAAUUAUUGUAUUACUUGGAUUUGCUGUGUUUCAAGGUUGAAACUGUGAGUAUUUUGAGAUCGGAUGUUGCCGCCACUAAGCUAGCACUGAAGUUCGAAUAUGAGAGGCUCAUCGCCUACUUCGGGGGAGCCCCGACAUAGGCUCUCCUUCAACAAUGAGGAUACAAACAAAAGAAGGUUUCUGAGAAACAAAGCACUGAAAGAUGGGGAUAGGUCCCUUUAUCUUUCCAGUCUGGGCAGAAUAUUCAGCUGCAAAUUCCCUGCACUGAAGCUUGUGAUGGUUAUUAUCGUUAUUGGAGCAUUUUUCACACUCCUACGCUCUCCAUCAAUUCAUGAGACAGACCAUAUAUCUGGUUUUCAUUCGAGGUCAAGCUUGGUAGAUAAAUGGAUAAGGGAUAGAUUUGGCAUAGAUCAAAGUUAUGCAUCAACUUUAGAAAUCAACUGGGAUGAAAUUGCCGAUGCUAUUGAGAAAUUAACUGACAGAGAUGAGUAUAAGGGAAUAGGGCUGGUAAAUUUCAACGAGCAAGAACUUGAUCAGUGGAAGGAGUUACUGCCAGAUGCAGAGCAUGUUAUCCUUAUGAUGGAUUAUGCCCCACACAACGUCACUUGGGAAACAUUAUACCCUGAAUGGUUAGAUGAGGAAGAAGAGUUCGAAAUUCCCACUUGUCCUACUCUGCCCCAAAUUCACUUCCCAGGUAAACCACGGCUGGACCUUAUAGUGGUGAAGCUUCCCUGUGAUAAAUCGAGGAACUGGUCAAGGGACGUAGCUCGUUUGCACUUGCAACUUGAAGCUGCAAGGCUUGCUGCAACAGCCAAGGGGUAUCAUCCUGUCCAUGUUCUUCUCAUUACCGAGUGUUUCCCAACCCCAAAUCUGUUUACUUGCAAAGAUCUUAUUGUAAGAGAAGGCAAUGCAUGGCUGUAUAAUCCGGAUUUAAAUAAAUUGAGAGAAAAGCUCCAUCUUCCAGUCGGGUCCUGUGAACUUGCAGUUCCUCUGAAGACCAAAGAAAACUGGCAUUCAGGUAACGCAAGGCGAGAAGCAUAUGCAACAAUUCUGCACUCAGCUCACGUCUAUGUCUGCGGAGCCAUUGCAGCUGCACAAAGUAUCCGCAUGGCAGGUUCGACCCGGGAUCUUGUGAUACUUGUAGAUGAAACUAUCAGUGACUAUCACAGGGGAGGCCUUGAGGCAGCUGGAUGGAAAAUCCAUACAAUUCAAAGAAUCAGAAAUCCAAAAGCUGAACGAGAUGCCUACAACGAGUGGAACUAUAGUAAAUUCCGUCUUUGGCAAUUGACAGAUUACGACAAGAUCAUAUUUAUUGAUGCAGACUUGUUAGUCCUCAGAAAUAUUGAUUUCCUGUUUGAGAUGCCAGAAAUUUCUGCCACAGGAAACAAUGCUACCCUCUUUAACUCGGGUGUCAUGGUCAUCGAACCAUCAAACUGCACAUUUCAGUUGUUGAUGGAGCACAUCAAUGAGAUCGAGUCCUACAAUGGUGGAGACCAAGGUUAUUUGAACGAAAUCUUCACGUGGUGGCAUCGAAUCCCCAAGCACAUGAAUUUUUUGAAACAUUUUUGGAUUGGCGACGAGGAAGAAAAGAAAGAAAUGAAAACUCGUCUAUUUGGUGCUGAUCCUCCGGUCCUCUACGUGCUUCACUAUUUAGGCUUGAAGCCAUGGUUAUGCUUCCGGGACUACGAUUGCAACUGGAACGUAGAUAUAUUGCAGGAAUUUGCCAGUGAUGUUGCUCAUAGAACUUGGUGGAAGGUCCAUGAUGCAAUGCCGGAUAACUUACAAAAGUAUUGCUUGCUUAGGUCCAAACAGAAGGCGGCAUUGGAGUGGGAUCGUAGGCAAGCCGAGAAAAGUAACUACAGUGAUGGUCACUGGAAAAUCAAGAUUCAAGACACGCGACUAACUACUUGCUUUGAAGAGUUUUGCUUCUGGGAAAGCAUGUUGUGGCACUGGGGUGAAACAAACUGGACAGACAACGGCACUUCAACGCAGCCACCUCCUGCAAUCGAAACGGUAUCACUCUCUUCUUUGUAAUCUUCCGUUUCCUUUUUCCAUACAUCCGGAUAUUUACCGUGUGAUAGAUAGAUAGCUGGAGCCUCAGACCAAAUAUUACUUUUUGGGUUAAUAUUCUAGUGGUAGAUGUCUCCUAAAAUAUAUAUGUAUACAAUAUAGAAAGAAAUCUGUUGGUUCUUGGAACAUCUAUUGGAUCAUUUCUGUUGAUGAAUUACCUUCUUAGAUAGGUAAGUUUGUCUCAAUGAUAAUGCCAAAUAAGUCAUUUAGUC